UGUAAGCGAGCGGACGUGUUUAUUCUUGCGCAUGUUGCAAGAUUCUUUUGCGAGCGGACGUGUUUUGUAUUGCUACGCGAGUAAUUUUUGUUUUAAACGCGGGCGUAGAACCAACAUAUUUACGUACAUAUUUAUACGUAUGUUAUGUGUGUAAAUAAAUAAAAAAUCGUGGUGCAAUAAGGAGAGAUGCACGCCGUUCGCAUUUCUAUGCUGAUUUUAACGUUUUGCUUUCGAGCACUGUGAAGUGAUUCUAGCAAUGUGAAUAGGAAUUAAAAACAAAAAAAAGUGAACCUUACAUAUCAAAAUUGCAACAUACCAACAUAUUUACGGCAAGGAAUUACUUUAUAAUGGAUAUUACCAGUCAAAUCUAACAGUGCAUAUCAAAGCAAACUGAAGAGACACAAAAUAUAAUAAUCAAAUAUAACACAUAUCAAGGCUGAAAGCCAACUAUCUACCAAGCUAUAAAAGUAAAUAGAGACAAUCGAAACGCGAGAACUGCACUUUGCGUCCUAGUCAACGUCUAAACUAAAGUAAACACACAAAAGUUAAUACAAGUGCCUGGAAGCACCAAACUGCACCAAUUGGAAACUGAGCGAACUGGACGUCUGUAUAUAGAAUAGAGUUGGUUUUAAUGCAAAUAAUGCGCAUACGAUAAGAUCGAUGUUACCAAAAAAAUUGAUGUCCCUCCAUGGUAUUCGCAAGCAAAAAGAAAGAAGAAUUAUGGCGUUUAGCGUCAAAAAACCAACCAGUUCCGUGCUAUGCGUGUGGGAUACAGACGCCCAUGCAGCAACAACAGCAGCCGCACCAUCCACCUCCACGCCCCCCUCAGACUGCGUCGGAGGCGAUACUGCGACUGAAUACACCCCUGCCUCCAUACAGCUCCCAGCCCUGCUCGAUAGACUCCUCCAGCGGCUAUCGGCCCAAUCAGAGGCUGGCGCAGGAGCUGGUGGCAACGGAGACGGAGUCGGAAGUGGACAUAUCCAUGUCCAUGUCCGUAUCGGGGAACGAGGAAUCGGACUGCUCCGAUAUCAAAAGUGCCUGCAGCUACGCAAGCUCUUGCGUCGACAUCUCGAGAGACGAAAACGAAGCUCGUCCACUGCCAGCGCCAGCGCCACCGUAUUAUCACCAGCCCCCCAACAACAACAACAGCAACAGCAAUGCAAAUCCCAGCCACAACCCAUCGAUGUCCACUGCAACGUUUGCCUUUGCGGCCAGCAUGUUUCGCAAUUGCUGUGGCGGCAGCGGAGCAGAGACGUCCUCCACCAAUGGCAUCCUAACGAGAGCGAACCUCAGUCAGCGCCAAAUCCCAGCCGCCUCCACCACCACCUGCCCACAGCCUGCUCCAGCGCCAUGCCUGUGCCACCGUCUACUCAAGCAAAACUUCAAUGCUCUGCUGAAGCAGCUGAAGAGCAAGCAGCAAGCCGAACUGCUGCUGGCUGUGAAGAGUCGAAGCCUCGACAACAAUCCGCCUCGAAGUGCCGUCGCCGCCAACGCCUCCGCCGCCGCCGCUGCCUCCUCCGCCCACAGCUAUCUACAGUGUAUUCUAAUCAAGAGCAACACUCCCGCCGAUGUCGAACAGCACUUUGCCACAUGCCAGUUAUUCUUUUGGCCCGACCUCAGGUGUGCCAGCGAACUGAGGCGUCUGCCCGUUUGCCCCAGUGCCAGGGACUCUGUCUACAUCUGCUGCAAUCCCCUGCACUGGUUUCGCGUCAUGCAUGCCACCGAUACAGAGUCCGCAUAUCAACGCUCAAAGAUGCUGAGACUAAGAGAUACGGAUUCCGAGGGAAACACUCAAAACAUCGAGAGAUCUUGGACCAUGCAGAGCACCAACAACAACAACAUCAACAACCACAACCAUGGUCACAGCAUUUCUAGCAUUAGCAUCUUGAAGCAAGCGGAGUCGCAGUUGUAUGUGCCAAGUAUAGAGUCUUUCACCACCGAUGGCAAAGAUCGCAACGCAUGCUCUCAGGCCUGGUGCCAGAUCGCCUACUGGGAGUUGGGCAAUCGGGUGGGUGAGUUCUUUGAAGCCAAGAAAUCGGCUGUUAAUAUAUAUAAAGACGGUCCAAUCGACUGCUCUGGGGAUAGCAUGUGCCUGCGAGACUUGACUUCCAAGCAGCAACGCAUGACGCGGACGACGACGGUUCAGAACACGCGGCAAAAGAUUGGCUUAGGUGUAACUUUGAGUCUAAACUGUGGGGACGUUUGGAUUUAUAAUCGCAGCAAUGUGCCGAUCUAUGUAGACUCGCCCACAUUGUCGGAGCGUUUGGAUCGUGUAUGUAAAGUGAUGCCCGGCUAUUGUCUGAAGGCCUUCGAAACACACAGGGCCCAAGUAUUGGCUUAUAAGCAGGCAGAACGAAUGACACAGCUGGGGCCAAUCGAUAGCUUCAGCAUGAAGAUCAGUUUUUACAAAGGCUGGGGCUACAAUCAAUAUCGUCGUCAGGACAUUAUGGGCUGUCCUUGCUGGCUUGAAGUGCACUUCAAUCAUUUAAGGUGACAAUGCCUGCAGUCGUGGAGUGCGGAAUCUGGAGCGGCAAAAGCAAAAGCAGCAGCAGUAGCUGAACUACGUUUGGUUGAACUAGCACGCAGCUCGGCUGAUGAUGAUGCACUCGGCUCGCGAUUUAGAUUGAACGUGUUCCAUCGCUCACACCAGCUGCUGAGAAAAACCAGCAAGCUAAUUACAAAGCUGGGCAGCAGGGUUUGCACAAU